GGCCGGGACAUUUUGGACUUCCCGCUGCAACACCAUAUUAUUAUUAUUAAUUAUCAUAGAGAGCUAAUCCGCUUGUCACCGUGCUUCUUUUCUGCUCCUUUUUUAGUUUUAGUCUUGCAGCAGUUAGUUAACUAGCUUGCUUGGUGAGACUAACACUGGAGCUUUAGCUGCACCCCGCAUGUUCUUUGUUGCACCGUUUCUUGUCCGUCGGUUUCCAGCACGUCCGUUUUUGUGCGACAAGACUCAUGAAACAACACUUUCACCCUGAACAGACUCUGCGGAAUUCGGGAAAGUAAGGGGAAGUAACCCUCUGAUGCAUAUAGCUUAUGUUAUGAUGGUAGACUAAUUGAGAGAACGUUUGAAGGGUCUUAUUUCUUCACCUGCUGCCAUAUCCAGGAGACAAAGACGUAGUCAAGAGAAGUUCCCGGUCGCCAGAAAAGCACUAACGAUGCCUAUCCCGACUAGCUCCCAGCUCUCCCAUGCCCUUGUGCUUCACGGAGCGAAAGACCUCCGAUUAGAGACUCGCCACACCCCACCUCCACAGCCGGGUCAACUCCAAAUCGCCAUCCGCGCAACAGGCCUAUGUGGCUCAGACCUGCAUUACUACCAACAUGGGCGGAAUGGAAACUUCAUCGUGAGAGCCCCGCUCUGUCUGGGCCACGAAUCAGCCGGAAUUGUCACCGCUGUCGGCUUGGGCGUGUAUGACUUCCAGGUCGGCGACCGCGUCGCUCUUGAAGUUGGUUUACCCUGCGGAUCCUGCUCCCUCUGCCUAGGAGGCCGCUACAACAUCUGCCGUAGUCUCCGCUUUAGGAGCUCCGCAAAGACCUUCCCGCACCUCGACGGCACGCUGAUGGAGUUGACAAACCAUCCCUCCAGCAAAUGUCAUAAACUACCUGCGCACAUUAGCGACGUGCAGGGCGCGUUGAUUGAGCCAUUGGCGGUAUGCAUGCAUGCGAUCCGCCGUUCAAACCCCCCCGAUCCGGACUCAGUGAGCCGGGCGCUGUGCGCGACUGAGACCCCAGAGGAGACAGCCGCAUUGGUCUUCGGUGCAGGCGCCAUCGGCCUCCUCCUCACCGCCGCCCUUGCCGCAACACAGCAUUUCACUACCCUGGUCGUCGCGGACAUUGACGAAGAAAGGUUGCGCAUCGCGGCGUCCCUCCCCUCCCGCACCGCGAAGAUACGCACAUAUCUACUGCCAAAUCCGUCCUCGACUAUCACCCCUUCCCCACCACAGCCCGAAGAUGAGAUCGCCCAGCAGAUCCUGUCCAUCUUUUCUCUCACCAACGGUUUUAGCCGUACAUAUGACUGCACGGGCGUCGCGAGCUGCAUCCGCAUGGGCAUCUAUGCCACGGGGCCUGGCGGGGCGGUUGUGCAAAUUGGUAUGGGCGGGGAGCAGCGGCCUAGCAUACCCUUGUCCGCAGCUGCGUUGCGGGAGGUUGAUCUUAUUGGUGUGUUUCGGUAUGCCGAACGGGCGUAUCCGGAGGCGGUGACCUUGAUGGGCAGUGAGGAAUUUCAGGGGGUAGCAGAGAAGGUAGCGACGCAUUUUGUGCGGUUGGAAGAUGGGGUUAGAGCAUUUGAGUUAGCGGCGAAGGGGGUGGAUAAGGAGGGGAAGCCGGUUGUUAAGGUUAUAGUUCUUUCUGGGCAGCAGCAGCAGGAGGAGGAGGAGGAAGGCUGUGGGAGGUAGUUAGCUGGCCAGGAGGUUCUCUUGAUGGGGCGAACGCAUUACUUGUGGGCUAUAAAUUUACGUAUGAGCUACUUGUAACCGGACGGAAACCCUUUUUAACAUUUUUGGAUUUGAAAUGUUGCCUAGACUACGCAGUAUAUGAACACGGGAAUGGAAUAUCUAGUAAUGUACCAAUGAUAAAGGGUUUCUUCUAAUGUUCCAUUGAAUGCGGUUGUUUCUGCAUGCGCAACGAAAUAAGACGGAAAUAAAAUAUCAAAUACUAACAGUCUCCCAUAAAUGAACAUAUAUACCUGAUCAUCAAACCCAUUCGCUCAACUUUAUAACAUGGUAAACGAUAAA